AAGCAAUCGUCUUUCUUAUUGUCAGCCCUUCUCCCCGCACUCUACAUCUCCAGCUUGGCCUCCAUUCUUCCCGGCCUCAAUCAAUUCUUCACAUAUUUCCUUCCCUGCCCAGAUUCGAAUGCGGACCGACGACGACGGCGUUGUGAUCCAGAGAGGGAAGCGACCCGGCGACCCGUACAUGGUUACGGUCAAUUGCCCGGAUAAGACCGGCCUCGGUUGCGAUAUCUGUCGAACCGUUCUUGAAUUCGGGCUCCAUGUCACUAAAGGAGAUGUUUCAACUGAUGGGAUAUGGUGCUAUGUAGUGUUGUGGGUGUCUCCUCAACCUUACACCCCUAACGUGAGAUGGGCCAAUUUGAAGGAAUGCCUUUUGUCUAUCUGCCCGCCAUGCUCUUCUCUACUUUAUUUGAAUCAAUACUCUCCUUCCACUCCCACUUCCUCCAUAUACCUCUUGACGUUUUGUUGUGUUGAUAGGAGAGGGCUAUUGCAUGAUGUUACCAAAUUUCUUUGUGAGUUUGAGUUAUCCAUCGAAAGAGUAAAAGUGACAACAACACCAGAUGGCCGAGUACUGGAUCUUUUCUUCAUAAAAGAUAACUUGGAGCUCUUAGAUGUAAAAGAGAAACAAGAGGAAAUAUGUGAGAGGUUGCGUGUUGUUCUUGGUGAUUCGUGCAUUAGAUGUGAGCUCAAGUUAGCCGGUCCAGACUUUGAAAAGCUUCAGUACAUCUCUGCUCUCUCCCCUUCAGUUGCCUAUGAGUUGUUUGGAUGUGAAUUAUCAGAACACGAAGGUCGCUACAUACAAGCCCUUAGCUCAGAUGUGAGGAAAUUGAAGGAAGCUAGUGUGGUCAUGGAUAAUUUCUUGAGUCCUGCUCAUACAUUGCUUCAGAUUAGUUGCAUUGAUCACAAGGGCUUCCUUUAUGACAUAAUGCGAACGCUGAAGGACAAUAAUAUUAAGAUAGCAUAUGGCCGUUUUUCUGAAGCUAAUAAGGGCCAGAGGGAACUUGAUCUCUUUGUACUGCACAAAGAUGGUAAAAAGAUUUUGGAUCCCGAGAAACAAGCUGCAUUGUGCUCUAGGUUGAAGGCCGAAUUGCUUCACCCUUUACGCGUGAUAAUCUCAAACCGUGGGCCAGAUACCGAACUUCUUGUGGCCAACCCAGUGGAGCUCUCAGGAAGGGGAAGACCGCGUGUUUUCUAUGACGUCACAUAUUCCCUAAAAGCCCUUGGGAUCUGCAUCUUUUCUGCGGAGAUUGGGAGGCAUUCGGCGGGGGAUAGGGAAUGGGAGGUAUACAAGUUCCUCUUGGAUGAGAAUUGCAGCCAUGAGUUGACAUCAGUGGUAUGCAGAAAUCAUAUUGUGGAUAGGGUAAGAAGAACAUUGAUGGGGUGGUGGUGACUGUGAGGUAAACACAAUUUGUACAGUGUAUCAUGUUCUGCCUACUCUUUUACUGUGUUUUUUUAUAGUCAACAAAGGUUGUUUCUUGAUGCCACAUUCUGUAAUGAGUGAGUGAUCUUACAAUUUGAACUCCAAACAUUGUUUGUUAUGAUAGAUUUGGAGAGACUAACACCCAAACUCAGAACUGAAGUCAAGUUAUUGUGGCUAAAUUGAGCUAUAAAAAAAAGUUCAAUGG